CUCUCUAUAUAAGCAUAGAGGGAAAACCAACUUACUCACAACCCUUCUAUUUCUCCCCCACAGCCAAAAACAAAAAACAAAAACAAAAACAAGAACAAAAAAUAUGCAAGACGACGAUUUCGAACAGGGACUGGUCUGUCCCAGCUUCAACAGCUACGCCUCCAGCAAACUUGCAGACGUCGCAGCCAAAGUCUGCCGAGAGUUCGACCACCUCAAUUUGCUCGACAAAUCCAAUAACUCCGCUGAACAGCAAGAACACGAUGAUCAUAGAAACGACGACGUCGACGACGACUUCGAGUUCGUCUCCUUUCAAAGUACCGGAAGCCAGGUAUUCUUUGACGACAACCAGAUCGGUCCCGUUUUCCCCGUAUUCAACCGCGACCUUCUGCUUGACAAAAGGCAACGAGAUCUCGCGGCCGCCCCUAAUAAUAAGGCGGUUGCAGAGGAGGAGGAUGACGACGAUGAUGCUGCUCUGCCGUCAUCGUCGUCCUCCGACGUGGACGAACUGGAUGCUGUCCCACAGGGGACGUACUGCGUUUGGAAGCCGAAAUCCGCGGUGGCACAAGACGCUCGCGGGAAGUGCAAGAUUAAGAGCAAGUCGACCGGAACGUCGUCGUCUAGGCGGUGGAGCAUAAGGGAUUUGCUGCGGCGGAGCAACAGCGAAAGCGGUAGCAAGGACUCGUUUGUGUUCUUGACCCCUUUGUCGUCGAGCUCCAAAAAGGCAGCAGACGAAGAAACCAAGGAAAUUAAGAAGAGCUCCGGGUCCGGGUCAGGGCCUGGGCCGAACAAGCCCAAAGGGUCGAAGGCGGUGUCGAUGGCUCACGAGGCGUUCUACGUGAGGAACAAUGAUACAACGAAUAAGGAAAAACAAAAGAGACGUAUUGAAAUGAUAAAGCUCUGUGUGUAAUUGAUAAAGAAAAGAGCCUAUAAAUAGGCUUUACAUCAGAACACUUCAUCUAGCACUAAACCACAACUCCUAUAUAAUAGGAUGACACUAGGCACUUUCUCAGCCACGAAAUCAAAUAAUUAAACACCUAAAGACUCAGUCAAACUACCAAUGACUAGAACAUAAAUAUUAUAAAAUAAAACAUUUAAAUCUUAACAUCCUCCCUUAAACUGAAAUCUGCAGAAAUCAGUU